AUGCUCGGUCAAGCGACGAAGAAGCUGUCCAAGAUGCAUGCAAGAAGAAAUCCAAACCUGUCGAUCCAGUCGACGGCGACGUACUCACAACUUAGCCCAUCUGUGCAAUCUGCGACGUCUGGUGCUUUCCUGUCGCCUACGGUUGCGUCCCGACGUGGCCUGCUAUCGGGACGUUCUCCACCUGCCUCCCCGAGUCUCCCAUCACUCGUUCCGAGGCAUGGCAAGAAACCUACGCAGCAAUCACACACUCGACUUGUGAAGAGGAUACUCGUUGGCUGCUGCGGAGUAGCAUUCUUACUAUGGAUUGUUCUUCGCCAAAUUUACUCAGACUCGCAGCAAGCUGUGAGUUACGUGGAUGAUGAGCAGGAAUGGGAAAUGGUUGGAGGUAGCUCGUUGCCCAAGGAACCUUCAGUGGUCGCGGUUCAGGAUGCAAAGGGGAAGAUGAAGUGGACGGUCUCAAUCCCAUCGAACUUGGACUUCCCGUUGAAGCCGGCACAGUACCUCGAUAUGUGCCAUCAGUGUAUGGAGCUGGCAUCAUCCGUUCGCCAAGAGGCAAAGUCAGGGAACAUUGCCAAACGUAUGCUCAACUACUAUCAGCAAGAUCAGUAUUAUGUCGAUGUUCAGGAGGCGGAACAGCAGUCGCUACUACCACCAUCAAAAGAGACCGGAAGGCCGAAGGGUUUUGUGGAGGACGAGUCGAUUGUAGAUGGUUUCUCGACGUCUGGACAGAAGGUCUGUGACAAGUCAUUGACAUAUGUUAUGGAGACAGACGACGCAGGCUUCGGUAACACGUUGAUGCGUCUAUGGAUGUCGUACGGUCUAGCCAAAGCCGAGAACCGAUCGUUCUUCAUCGACGAUACUCGCUGGCCCUACGGCAAAUACUCAACCUACUUCCAGCCCCCUCCCUCCACCAACUGCGCGCCACCCCCCAAAUCCCACAUCGUCCCCUGCCCGCACACCGCACGCCAUCUCGUCGUCUCACACGCGACCGUCAAAUCGACCUUCGGCCACGCCUUCAACGAAGAAUACGAAGACGCGCGCAAAAUGCGCAUCGAGCGACAACACAAGAUCUUCGCCCUGCUCCGCACCGGCUACGAAGCGCUCUUCAAGCUCAAAGGCGACGAUGCCAAAUACGUGCUCAACCGCGCGCUCGAACUCUACGGCGAUAUUAAACAACAUGGUGGUAUAAGUAUCGGCAUGCACGUGCGCCACGGCGACAAACACCCCAUGGAGUACCAGUAUCAGAAAGACUACAUCCCGCUGGAGCGCUACGUUGAUACCGCACGUGACAUAUACAUCGACCUGGUCGAGAACGCUGGCGGGAAGGCUAAACGUAGCGAUGGCGAAGGAGAAGCACUUUUCGCCCGCCACACGCCCUCGAAAAUGAUCAUCGCCUCCGACGACCCGCUCGUCUACACCUCCCCGGAGAUCGGCCUCAACUCGCUCCGCGCCCAAGACCGCAUCGUCCUCGCUACAAAGGCCGCGCUCGAGGCCGCGCAGUCCUCCAAACACCCCUAUCUCGACGAAAUCACCGGCUGGGAGGGUGGCUUCUAUAAAGACGUCUUCUUCAGUCUCGGCCAGGCGGGGAACAACGCUAAGGCAAACAAUCAUGAGGGCGAGGUUACCAAGGAUGCCAUGGGCUUAAGGGAGCUGGUGGGCAGGGCGUAUCUUUUAGAUAUAGCGGUGCUGGGGAAAGCUGAUACGGUGGUUUGCACGGUGUCGAGUACGACGUGUAGGUUGUUGGGGGUUAUGUUGGGGUGGGAUGCGAUGGUGGGGAAGGAGGAGAAGAGGAGGUGGAGAAGUAUCGAUGGGAGUUUUCAGUGGAAGGGGAUUAUGUGGUGA